GCUCGGGCCACGUUCAUGGCUGACAGAGAAGAUGACAGUGAAGAGGAUGAAGAAGAAAUAGAGGAAAAUAUUGUGGCUGUCCCAGAAAAUUCUGGUGCAAGAAAAAAAUGCAAACAGGUUGUAUGGAAAAAGAAAAGAUUUCAAGGGAAACCUUGUCCAAAAAUUUUUAAUCCAGAACAAAUUACGAAUCCUCCAACAGUUAGAACACCAAUAGAGUAUUUUGAAGAUUAUUUUAAAGAUGAUUUCUUUGAGAGUGCUGCUGUGUACACAAAUAUGUACUCAGUGUUAAAAAAUGGAAUUAGUAUGGAUACCAACAAAGAAGAGCUACAGAGAGUUUUUGGUAUAAACCUAAUAAUGGGCUGUAUUCGUUAUCCUAGGUUGAGAUUAUACUGGCAAAAACAGUACAGUUUUUCUGCAAUUGUACAGUGCAUGCCACGAGAUAGAUUUUUAAAUUUGAGAAACUGUUUUCAUCUGGUUGACACAGCAAGUAAAACACCACAAGUAAAUAAUAAGCUAUGGAAAGUUCAGCCAAUUAUCAACCAAGUCCGUAAUGUCUGCUUGAAUUUACCAAGAGAUCAGAGAAGUUUUUCGAUCGAUGAGCAGAUGAUACCAUUCUUGGGACGUGCCCCAGUAAAGCAGUACGUAAAAAAUAAGCCGCGCCCUGUAGGAUUGAAAAACUUUGUUUUAACUGCAUCAUGUGGACUAGUUUUAGAUUUUAUAGUGUACCAAGGAGAAACAACAAACUUUGUCCACAAAGAGCUAGGUUUAGGACCUGCUGUGGUACUUACUUUGGUCCGAACCUUGCCGGUGGACAGUUUUGUGUAUUUUGAUCGUUAUUUCAAUACAAUACCGUUGCUCGAAGAAUUAAAAAAACAGAAAAUUGAGGGAACUGGCACUAUCCAAACAAACAGAGUUAAGGGGAUCCCAUUUGUCAAGUCAACUGCUCUUAAAAAGGGAGAAAGCAUUUCGUUGAUAGCGCCAGGAAUUAAUAUCUUNACCUUGCCAAUGGACAGUUUUGUGUAUUUUGAUCGUUAUUUCAAUACAAUACCGUUGCUCGAAGAAUUAAAAAAACAGAAAAUUGAGGGAACUGGCACUAUCCAAACAAACAGAGUUAAGGGUAUCCCAUUUGUCAAGCCAACUGCUCUUAAAAAGGGAGAAAGCAUUGAACAUGUGUCUGACAGUGGAAUCGUAGUAGUUGAGUGGAAAGACAACAAUAAAGUUGUCAUGGCAUCAACUUGUACAGGACGUCAUCCGCUACAAACUGUCAAGAGGUGGUCCAAGGAAGAAAAAGCAAGAGUUGAUAUCUCUUGCCCAUCUAUCGUCAAGAAUUAUAACUCCUCAAUGGGGGGUGUGGACAUUUGCGACCAGCAAAUGGAGGCUUACCGAACGUGGUUUAAAACAAAAAAGUGGACCUGGAAAACAACUGUUCAUUUCCUUGACUUGGCAGUUGUAAAUGCAUGGUUUCUGUAUGUACGAGAUGCUAAAGCGAAUAAGUUACGUCGAAAAAACACUCUUGAUUUAUUAGCGUUUCGUCUAAGUGUGGCCGAGAGACUGUUAGAUGUACCACUACCGAGCAAGAAGAGAUCCCGUGCAGUCCUCAGUGCCAGCGAAGAAGAAGAGAAUGAAGACGAUACUGUUCAGUCAUGUAGAUCUAAAUUCUAUAAUCCACCCAAAAGACUACCUUCUGAAAGGAAAAGAUUGGAUGCCACUAGUCACUGGCCUUGCUUUGACGAUCUUAAAACGGCCAGGAAGUGUAGGUUGGAAAACUGUGUCAGCCGUACUAGAGUGAGAUGCGAAAAAUGCGAUGUAUAUUUAUGUCUAUCUAAAAACAAAAAUUGUUUCAAACAUUUUCAUUGUGACGGAUGAAGAUUAUUUGAAUAAAUAACACUGAUUUUUGCUUUAAAAGUUACUUUUUUUAUUAAUUAAAGACAAAAUCCGAACCUGCACAAUUGUGUAGGUUUAGUUAAAAAUUACUGCAGUAAGCCCGAACCUACACAAUUGUGUGGGUCCUCUGGCAGCUUAAUGCAACAUGCGGAAUUUUUUAAAAUAUUUUUUUUCAAUCAAAUAUGAUCCUAUUAGUAAGGGAAACUUAAAAAAAUUUAAAAUUUCCAUCAAAAACUUUUCAGGUCGUAAAGGGAUAA